GCAAGAUGGCCGACGUAGAAGGUCGGCUGUCACCUUCUUUUGAAAACUUUGAAGAUGAAGCACUUGAUCCAAGAAUACAGGAAGAACUUGAAAAACUCAACAAAGCAUCUGAGGAGAUCAACAGACUUGAGCUGGAGUUGGAUGAUGCCCGGGCAGCAUUCCGGCAAGUGCUUACGGAUGCUACGCAUGGACUUGACAUUCUGGCAAAGAAACUUGGCAGCUGCGUGGAAAAGGCACGACCGUACUAUGAUGCCAGAUUGAAGGCAAAAGAGGUCCAUGUGGAGACACAGAAGGCUGCGUACAUGUUUGAGCGAGCCUGCAGCAUGCAUGAGGCAGCCAAGGAGAUGGUCCAGCUGGCAGAACAGGGAUACAUGCAGCGAGAGGAUAACUCUGACCCUGCCUGGCAGGAGAUGCUUAACCAUGCGACCAUGAAGGUAAAUGAUGCGGAGACAGAGCGACAUGAGAACGAGAAGGUCCAUUUGCAAGCCAUGAAUGGGUUUAAAGAGGCCGAAGAUCUUGUACAAAAAUACCAGAAGGACCUCAAGCGAUCUAUUAACAAGUCCAAAUGUUCAAUUCGACGUAGCUUUCUGAGGCUUAGUGAUAUUGUUAACCAGUAUGAAAUUGAACUAUUGCCAUACUUCGAGAUGAAAUCCAAGGUUAAUCAAAUGAUGGAGGAUCGCAAAAAAACAGUCACUGACUUGGAAAGAUCUGUUGGAAAGACCAAAAAGUCCUACUCUGACGCAUUGAGGAACUUAGAAGAAAUAAGUGAGGCAAUUCACCAAAAACGCUUAGAAAUGAGAAACCAAGCAGAAUUAGGAGAAAGGGGCACAGGGGUGGGAUCUGAAUCCCCGUCCCCACCCCCUAUGCGGGGCAAGGUCCAUGUGUCUAUUGAUGGAAAAUCGGUCCAUGUCGCUAGCAGUUGUAACAUGGGCAAUAGUGGUACUACUGUCACAUCUGCUCAGUUUUCUAUUAGUAGUUCUAGUCAAGAGUUCCGACCUCCAUCUGUGAUUUAUUCCUCUCCUGAAAAAGCAAGAAAUGCCAGUUAUCGAAAAGCCAUAGAAGCAAGAACUGCUGGUUCUGAGUUGGAGGAUAUUAGUGAAGAUAUGAGUGUUAACUUAGAUGAUGAGUUUAUGGCUCUGCCUCAUGGUAGAAGUGAUGGAGACAGUGUUUUUCAAGACAAUGGUGAGAAAAGUUUAGAUAAACCAGAUUCAGCUAUGACAGAAUACUCACAGGGUAGAUAUGAUGAAAGGACAUCUUUGUCAACAAAAAACAAAAAGCCCUCUAAACUUAAAGGUCUGAUUUUAACUCCAGUAGGAGCUGGAUUGGACCCCCUCCAAGCAAAUUUGAGAACAUCAAUGAGACCCCAUGUAUCUAAUGCAAAAACCGUUCAAUCCCGACCUAAUUCCUACCCCUAUUCUCACAAUUGUCAGCAGAUACCUGAAUCUGAAACUGCUGCAGUUCUUCCGCUUUCUGAGAGCUCUUCUGUAAAGGAGGAGCGAAAGGUCCCAACUGAUAUUCCUACGCCAGGUUCGACCACUUCCAGUCGACGUUUGCUAAAAGUCCCCUCAGUGCAAGACUUUGAUGAAGGCACCAUCUCAGACUCAGAAAGUAUCACUAGUGGUGCCAUGUUAGAUGACGACCAAGUGGAAUUUCUUACUAUGGAUUUCUCAAAGCAAUCCUUAGAUGACGCGGACAGUGAUUCUUUUGAUUACAAUAAUGGAAAUCUGCCCCCAAAUUUGAGUCAUCUGCAAAACUAUUAUAGGAAAAUGUCUGACGCCAAACAGCAGGAUUUUGAGGAAGUCAACUUACAUGACAAUUAAGUGCAAGAAAAUUGAGUCUUGUUGAACUACAAGUUUUUAGAAUAUUUGUUUUAGAAAUGUACUAGGAAGUCCUAAUUUUUAAACUUACAUCAAUGAGAUGGUCAAAAAUAGCACAUGCUUGAAACCUUUAAUGUACCGGUAUGACUAAUUGUUUUCAAGGCUUAAUGAAAAUCUUACUUUUAAAUAGCAGUGCUUGUUAUUAAUUAAUUUUUUAAUUAAGUGGUAAAAAUUGAACUGGCUUUUUUAUCAAAAAAUCUUAUUUCCAUGACCAAUAAUUUUGAGUUCAUGUGUAAAGACAGCAUUAUAUUUUUUGAUAUGCAGAAGAUGCUCACAUAAGGUGACAAAAAUAUAAAUGUAUGCUUGAAAAAUGUAUUUAAAGGGGUUAAAACUCUGCUAAUACUGUAUUUCCUCAACAGAAGACGAGAAUUUUCAAUACGAGCUAGUAUGAGGCUGAUAAUACGUCACUUUUCAUGAUUUUUUUUUAUUUUGUCCCUGUCACAGCUGAGUCCACCUGUUUAAAAAAACUGGUAAAAUACGCAAAAACUUCAUAACAAAGAUACAUGUAUCAUUAGCAUUGUGAUACAUCAGUAAUUAAGAUUCAAUGCUUUGUACACAAUGAUGUCUAAUUUAUGUAAGUUUUUGACAGUUUCCUUUUUUCUUGCAGUUGUAUUAUCUGGUGUCUAGUUCCUUUAAAACUUCUGCCAAACAUAGGCUGUGUUUUGAUAAAUAUUUAAAAGCAUAACUGAUAGUAACAUAAUGACGUUGAAUACACAUGAUACUGAUGAAGAAGAACUACAGGUUACUCAGUAGGAAAAUGCACAUGUUCUCAAUAUUCAUAAGUUCACUGGUCAUAUUAAAUUCUAGUUAGCUUAACAAGUUGUGUUCAAAACCACAAUUUUGAAAAUCAAAAAUCUUCAUUGCCUCUUUACAUUUGUUGCUAUCACUUGAAUUUCAAUUUAUGGUUAUAUAAGUAAAAAACAUUAUGGUUUUCAAUGAAAACUUUUCAUGCCCUCUUUUAGGGACAUAGCUUUACUUAGCUUUCUAUUAAUGGGAUUUGAACUGAAUUUAGAUACUUGUUAUUCCAUAUGUUAUAGCUCAAAUGUGAAUUAUAUUCUUCUGUCUCAGAUGGUAAUUCAUUUUUAAUGGUUUUUUGUUGUGAACCUGUAAUUUUUUCUUCUAUUUUCAAGAAGGUUAAAUGUAGUGAAAGAGUGUUGUACUUGUAUAUGAUUGUUGGUGUCAAUAUUGUAUCAUCAGUUAAUGUAUGGUAAAUAUCAGGAUAGCAUUUACAGACAUGUGCUUAAGCAUUUAUACACAAUGUAACUUUGGUGAUCUGAUAUACCUUUAUUACAUAAUAUUAUUAGCCAGUUUUUGAUUUGGAAUAGUUGGAUCUUUUUGUAUUCUACCAAAGUGUAUGAAUGUCAGCAUAAUUUUUAACUUUUAUUUUAGGUGGUAUUGUUUUUCAUACUGAGCUUUACAUUCUUAAACAUAAUAUCAUUUAUAAGCCCGUCAAAGAAAGAGAGUGGAGAUAGCCUUGUUGGUCUUGGCAUCAUAAGCAUGCAUUAGUCUUUACUUAAAAAAAAACAUUCCAAGAUAUUCAAUUUAAAUUUGAUAUCCAUCUUGCCUGAGACCAUCAUUGGCAACCAUGGUACUUUCUUCCUUUACACUCCGUGAUAAAUAUUGUGGGAUUAAUGACUGACAAAAUCUCGUUUUAAUGAAUAUAUAUAUAUGAGGCAGGGGAUAUGAGGCAGGGGAGACAACUCUUCUUCCAUAGAAAUUUCAUGUUUCAAUUAAAUACUGAUUAAUACCCCUGCAUUGUCAGUUAUCUCUAAAGGAGAGUUGCCAACGUAACUGUUUUAAAAUUUGUAGUGAUUUGGUGACAGAGUUCAAUUCAAGCAUUGGCCAGACAUAUUUAUUCAGGGAUGCAUAUUUUCACAUUGAUUCAUUUAGCAACAAAAAAACUGCCUCAUAAAUUAUUCAUGAUUACAAGAUUUUCUUAGCAAAAUUGCCCAAAGUAAACAACAAAUCAAAGCAGAGUAGUGUAUCGGGUAUACCAGACGAUGGCCAGAGAAAAUCAUGGCCCAUAACUCUAGCUUAAUAGUUGUUGAGUUAUGUCCUUUGUUGGAGUGGGGGAAAACAGACAGGUGUUUGCGCUCUGUUGUGCUUUCGUAAAGGCAAAGUCUUCUUAUGACUGUUGCCAUAUUAUAUGUAAAGCAUUCAUCUAAGUAUGGUCAUGAAUAUGAAAUAUUGUAAAAGGAAUAACAGUCUUUGUCAGACAUUGAAAUAACUCACAGAGAUAUUUACAUUUUUGUAUACUAAAUUGUAAAGUUAAAAACAAUUUUCUUGGUAACAAAAUAUGCAUUUCUGUUUUUACUUUUACUCUGUAUUAAUUCAACUUCUGAUAAGCAAAGAAUCUCAUACAUGUAUAAAUGCUUUGCUCAAUAAAUUACCAUUGUCCAUACACGUUCAAAAUAUAAAUCGACCUACAUGUACCAUCUAUCUAUUGAUUUACAUGUAUCAUGGGUCUAUAAUAUAGGUAUGUUUAUGUCUAAAAAAGGAAAGAUUAAUAACAUUUGCCUCUGGAUAACCAAUAUUGUGACAUGAAUUCUUUGCUAUCCCUUCAUUCUUUUAAACGGAUCAUUUGAUAUUCAUUUGCUAAGCUGUUUUUGCCAAGAUCUCAUCUUUUAUGUUAAAUAAUGGAGUAUUAAGCUUAUAAUUGGCUUGUGUCACUUUCUGAAUUUGUUCUCAUAUUUGCAUUUAUAUGUUUUAAUUUCUGAUAAUUAUGAUUGAAUUUAGGUCUGAUAUUGCUAUGAAGAUUUUACUAGGCAGCAUAGUUAUUUGAUUAAAUAAGACUAAAAAGAAUGGGAUUUGUCUCUCAUAAUUAAUGGAAAUAUAUUUGAAUUUAUAAGAACUUUCUAAAAUUGAGAAAAAAAAGGUUGAUGAAAGUGGUCUAGUGGUAUAUGUGUCCAUCUCUCACUAAAAAGGUUGUGGGUUUGAACCCUGCCAAGACACAUUCUCCUCCAUCUCUCACUAAAAAGGUUGUGGGUUUGAACCCUGCCAAGACACAUUCUCCUCCAUCUCUCACUAAAAAGGUUGUGGGUUCAAACCCUGCCAAGACACAUUCUCCUCCAUCUCUCACUAAAAAGGUUGUGGGUUUGAACCCUGCCAAGACACAUUCUCCUCCAUCUCUCACUAAAAAGGUUGUGGGUUUGAACCCUGCCAAGACACAUUCUCCUCCAUCUCUCACUAGAAAGGUUGUGGGUUCAAACCCUGCCAAGACACAUUCUCCUCCAUCUCUCACUAAAAAGGUUGUGGGUUCAAACCCUGCCAAGACACAUUCUCCUCCAUCUCUCACUAAAAAGGUUGUGGGUUCAAACCCUGCCAAGACACAUUCUCCUCCAUCUCUCACUAAAAAGGUUGUGGGUUUGAACCUUGCCAAGACACAUUCUCCUCCAUCUCUCACUAAAAAGGUUGUGGGUUUGAACCCUGCCAAGACGCAUUCUCCUCCAUCUUUCACUAAAAAGGUUGUGGGUUCGAACCCUGCCAAGACGCAUUAUCCUCCAUCUCUCACUAAAAGGGUUGUGGGUUCGAACCCUGCCAAGACACAUUCUCCUCCAUCUCUCACUAAAAAGGUUGUGGGUUCGAACCCUGCCAAGACACAUUCUCCUCCAUCUCUCACUAAAAAGGUUGUGGGUUUGAACCCUGCCAAGACACAUUCUCCUCCAUCUCUCACUAAAAAGGUUGUGGGUUUGAACCCUGCCAAGACACAUUCUCCUCCAUCUCUCACUAAAAAGGUUGUGGGUUUGAACCUUGCCAAGACACAUUCUCCUCCAUCUCUCACUAAAAAGGUUGUGGGUUUGAACCCUGCCAAGACGCAUUCUCCUCCAUCUUUCACUAAAAAGGUUGUGGGUUCGAACCCUGCCAAGACGCAUUAUCCUCCAUCUCUCACUAAAAGGGUUGUGGGUUCGAACCCUGCCAAGACACAUUCUCCUCCAUCUCUCACUAAAAAGGUUGUGGGUUCGAACCCUGCCAAGACACAUUCUCCUCCAUCUCUCACUAAAAAGGUUGUGGGUUCAAACCCUGCCAAGACACAUUCUCCUCCAUCUCUCACUAAAAAGGUUGUGGGUUUGAACCCUGCCAAGACACAUUCUCCUGGCCUCUAACCUACGACACAGCUACUGGUUUCUAUGCAGAAAAGGAUUUGACAGUGAUGUACAUCAAAUUACAGAGGUCUUUCCUGAAAGUAGUAUUAAGUAAAAAUGAAUUGUUCUUGUAGACUAUGAGGCAGAUUUGAGAUAGAGUAGACCUUUUACUGCUGGGGCCAUGAUUACAGACAGUCUCAAGUCAAAGUCUAGACUCCGACAAGCACUUUGAUUAUAUUAAAAAACAUUAUUUCUCUUCUUUUUUUUUACAAAAUAAAGGUAAUUAAUUUAGCAAUUUAAAAUAGUAGUUAAAUUCAUCAAAUUUCAUUAGCAAUACUCAACUAGAAGGAAAAUAACAAUGCAGUGAAGAUAAGAAUUUCUAGCAUGGUUAAAUUUUUGGAUCUACUAAUCUGAGGUGGGAGUAUUGCAGUUUUACCACUUGAGCCUGAACUCUGACUUGAGAUUGUUCGUAACCAUGGCUUCUGGACUUAACCCUGUAGUAUCAUUUUCAUCAUCAAAAUCUAGGUCAAAUAUUAAGGCCAAAUUUUGUCUAGUGUCUUAUUCCUUUCAUUAAUUAAACUGUGUUGACCCAAUUAUCAAGAAAUUCAGUCAGAAUAUUUCUUAGCAGAUAUAUAGGACCAGUGUGAAUAUGUGUCACAUUUGGUGGAAGUAGGUUAGCCCCAUGUGAAUAUUGGUCAUAUUUGGUCAAAAUAUAGACUGGACCAGUGUGAAUAUUGGUCAGCAGCAUUACCCGCUAUAAACAAACACCCUGCAAAACGUCAUUUGUCAAAAUGAAAAUCUUUUAUGUGGUUUCUACAUUAACCCCUUGUCUAUAGAAUAAACCAUUAUAAAUGUUCCAAUUUACUAUCACAAAGCUUGUGCUGUUAUGUCCGCAUAAAUAUUUAAUGCCAGUGACUUGAUGCCUCCGCAAAUGCAUUUGAUCGUAUCCAAAGAUCUGAUAAAACAUAUCAAGGAGAAUCUGAUUACCCUAUUUAUGGGGAGUGCUUUGUUUGUUUUGAAGCUAAUGUGGUGCUCUUAAAGUGCUGAAUAUUGAGUGAAAUCUUUAUUAAAACACUACACUUAAAUUCCUGGAAGAAUUCCAAUACUGCAGCUUUUUGUUUCAAACACUUGUUUUACGUUGUUAUUUGUUUAAAAUAUCAAUAAGUAUUGCUACCAGUAUACAGAUAAUCGUCAUCUUAUUGCAAUACCUCGAUAUAUGCUUUUAUUUCUAAAUGCAGUUUUUUAAGCAUUACAUAAUCCUCGUGAGCUUCAAGGAAUUUGAUCGCGUGCCCUACUGUGUUGAACGCAUGAAAACAUGCGAUAAAUACUUGAAUUUACAUUUAAAAAAAUAUAGUCAUUGCUAUUAAACAUUAGCAGUUUAUUCUGCAAUUGAGUAUUUGUUCUUAAAAAAGCGUAGCCGACAACAUAACGUUUGUAUAAAAGAAUAGCUGAUUUUUGUAACGUCUAUUAUUGGUCAAAAUUCGGCGAGUUUAUCCUAUCGGAGCGAAGAAAUUCCUUGCGUACUAUACAAUAUGAACGUCCAUUCGGAACUCCUCGGCCAUUUUAUCGAAAACAACCUCGGAUGUAUGCCGGUACAUAAGUUGAAGUAGUUCGUAAUUUUUUUAAUAAUAUCAUUAAUGAAAUGUAGUGUUUACGAGUUGUUUUUAUUGAUCCAAGUUUAAAUUGAUAGCCAGUUAAGUGUUUUAUUGCAAACAUAAUUAAGAUUCCCAAGAGUUAAGUCAUAAAGUUUAACUGCCAUAUAAGAUUACUACGCGAUCUAUUUGCAGCGGACUUAAACGUACCACUUUCUGAGUAUGUAAACCGUCCAAAUACAUCCGAGGUUGUUUUUGAAAAAAUGGCCGAGGAGCUCCGAAUGUAUGAACGUCAAGUUUUACCUACACACACGACUAGGAGAAUGUAAAUAUUCAGUUACUGCACUAGGGAAACGCUAUAUGUUCCAAGAUCAUAAUUAUUCAGAAGCUACAUCAUUUUAAAAAGUUACAGUUAAAUAUAAAGACAAAUUAAGCGCUUAAUAUGUCAUUCUUAGUAAGUAUUUUACGAUUUAGCUAAGGAAUAAUACAUAACAUGAACGAAUCGAAUUUGAGAAUUUUAAUGUUAUAUGUACUACCUCGUAUUGAAAUAUUUAAUCUUUUAAAUGUUUUUGUUAUAAAUAUUUUCAUAUUUAAGGGAGGCCAAACUUAUAAAGAUCGUAAGGCUUCAAAGAUCGUAAAUUUGUAGACGUAGCCUCAUUAUGGUCGUAAACUGCGUUUCCUGGCCAGUGUUAUAGAUAAAAGUUAGACUCAUUGAUUGUUAUGAACAUUGCAUUGCAUAUGUAUUGAACUGAGAUAAACUAUCUGAUGUUUUAAAGGUAUUAAAGUACAUUCUGCCAUAUCGUUAACAGCUGAUCAUGAAAUGGUUUUCAGAAGCAAAUGCUCUACUAAAAGCCAUACUUGUAUCUUUGGUAUUACGCAGAUUUCUUAUGGUGGAACAUUUCUAUAACUCAGUUUUAAUGCAUGUUUAAAUAUGGAGCACCUAAAGAGAUAACAAAGUUACCGAUCUGAUAGAAUGUACCUUUUACAAUGCGUGUUUUGAAGAAGAAUAUGUUAUCAUUAUUUCUGUAAAUAUUUUUUUGACACAUGUAGUUGUUGAUUAUUAAAAUCAGUGAAAUUUUG